AUGACAUACGUCAACCAGGUCACCAACGACAGAUGCAAGGUCGCGAUCGCCGUGGUCUGGGUGUGGAGCGGAGUCCUGGCGAUGCUGCCUGUCUUUGGGUGGAACUGUGAGAGGUUCGAGCCCGGAUGUGCCUGGCUUGGAGGAGGUACACCGCACAGUUACCUGGUCUUGAUCCUGGUUCUCGUCUUCAUCCCCAUGAUGGCGAUCGUGUUCUUCAACGUGAGAGUGUUCUACAGUCUGUGGCAGCACGUCAGCGACAUUUUAAAACAAGAAGCUUCCGUCGGCGCGCCGCCCAGCACCAGCAGAAAGUCCGCCGUCACUAUCGUCCUGAUCACCGGCGUGUUCCUGGUGGGCUGGCUGCCGUACUGCGUCGCGGUCCUCGGGUGUGCCGCCAGCGGCGACUGCGCCGCGGUCAGACCGACGCUGUUCUUCGUCAUCCUGAACUCCGCCGUCAACCCGUCAUCUACGGCCUCCGUCUGA